CUUCACACUUCACACUUGACACACCCACUCCAGCAUAAGCUUCUGUUGCGUUUCUCUUCCUUCAUCCUUUUUCCAAUCCAAACCAACGUGACCAUGAAAACCGAACCCAGUCCUCAUCUUCUCCUUAAACCCUAAACCCCAAUUCUUCCCUUCCAAGCCUAAAUCCCAGAACCCUCACUGAGUGUUACAAUGGCCAUGCUUCCCCUCUCAAACCGCACUCCAAUUCGCCACAAUGCACUCUCCUCUUCCUCUUUCGUCCUCAGAAGCUGCGUUUCGCUGAACCCUAGAGCCAGAACCUGCGCCUCCGAACCCCUGCGUCGUCGUUUCGCGCCCGUCACUUGCUGCUCAUUCUCCACGCUCGACAGCGCCAAGAUUAAGGUUGUCGGUGUCGGCGGCGGCGGCAACAAUGCCGUUAACCGCAUGAUUGGUUGCGGAUUGCAAGGUGUUGAAUUUUAUGCUAUAAACACCGAUGCUCAAGCACUUCUGCAUUCUGCUGCUGAGAACCCCAUCAAAAUUGGAGAACUUCUGACUCGUGGAUUAGCUUCACUCCAAUGUGACCUUCGAUUUGAGUUGCUUGAUAGAGAUGCAGGUACUGGUGGGAAUCCACUUGUAGGGGAACAAGCUGCAGAAGAAUCAAAAGAAGCUAUUGCUAAUGCUCUUCAAGGAUCUGAUUUAGUGUUUGUAACUGCUGGCAUGGGUGGGGGAACUGGGUCUGGUGCUGCCCCAGUAGUAGCCCGAAUAGCAAAAGAGGCAGGUUACUUGACUGUGGGUGUUGUUACCUAUCCCUUCAGUUUUGAAGGACGUAAAAGAUCAUUACAGGCACUGGAAGCCAUUGAAAAGCUGCAGAAAAAUGUGGAUACACUUAUAGUGAUUCCAAAUGACCGCCUGCUUGACAUGGCUGAUGAACAGACACCUCUUCAGGAUGCAUUCCGUCUGGCAGAUGAUGUUCUGCGACAAGGAGUCCAGGGAAUAUCGGACAUCAUAACAAUACCUGGGCUUGUAAAUGUGGAUUUUGCUGAUGUAAAGGCUGUGAUGAAAGACUCUGGAACCGCAAUGCUUGGCGUAGGUGUUUCCUCCAGUAAAAACCGUGCAGAAGAAGCUGCAGAACAGGCUACCUUGGCUCCUUUAAUUGGCUCGUCAAUUCAGGCAGCUACAGGGGUAGUGUAUAACAUUACUGGAGGAAAAGACAUAACUCUUCAGGAAGUGAACAGAGUGUCUCAGGUGGUGACAAGUUUAGCUGACCCUUCUGCCAAUAUUAUAUUUGGUGCUGUUGUUGAUGAUCGAUACAAUGGGGAGAUUCAUGUGACUAUCAUUGCAACUGGCUUCUCACAGUCAUUCCAAAAGACACUACUAUCAGAUCCAAGGGCAGCAAAGUUGCUUGAUAGAGUGCCUGGGGACCAAGAAAACAAGGCAGCAUCUCAUAAGUCCUCAACCUAUCCAUCAACAGUUGCAUCUAGAGCACCCCCAAGAAAGCUCUUCUUUUAGUUGCUUAGUUCUUUUACCCUUUUUUGGUUGUAGCCAAUCAGCUGUGAUCAUCUUUUCUUGAAGCUUAGUUGAGAUAUCAUUCUGAAUGUGGAGCUUGUUCUUACAGACUUGUUUUUCUUCAAAAAGUUGGCUAUUUGCAUGACUUGUGAGUCAGUGUUAGUGUAACAAACAACUUGCUUGUAACUCACGUAAACAGCAUUUUUGUCAAAGGAAUGGGUACAUAUAUUGGUUACUUUAUACA